AUGUGUGAUUUGCCACCACUCCAAUUCAAGUUACGUCGACAUAUUCUACGUCUUCUUGAUCCCUUCAAACUGAAGCCAACGCUACAGGAAUAUACUGCGACAGAUCCUACUGAGGUAUCAGGAAAUUUCACCCUGCCAUUUCUUAACCCCGGAGGGACACCACAUCCUUAAUCCGUGAAAAUAAUAAGGUUAAUGUUUGCGGACUAACUUAUUUUCAAGAAAAAAAUUGAGAUUAAUUGGUCGCAACAUCCCUACUUAAUAGGGAGCUUUAGAUUUGACUACGAGUACGACUACCGCUACGGGAUUCGUCAAUUGCGCGCUAAUUGCGUCAUUUUUUGCUGUCGUGAGUCCGGUUUGCGCCAAGAAGUCGUAGCCGCCGCCACUUUGAGUACGAGAUUUUCUGAAAAUCCAGUAGUCCACACUACGAGUUGAAAAAUCAGGAAGGUAAGACUUUUUAUGUUUUCUUUUUAAGAAAAUAGAUAAACUCUCGAAGCGGAAACGGAAGUGAAUACAAAUAAUUAACAUUUUUGGUAUUUUUCCCCCCCGUGACACAACACUGAAAUGUUUGUUGUCAUUUUUGUUUUAAAUUAAACAUGGCAGCUCUGCAGCUAUAUGUCUUUCGUACAAAAAAUAUUGUUUUUUUGUAAAACUUUUAGUAUUAAUAGUUCUUUAAAUUGUCUGUUACCGUGUUAAAGCAGCAUAAAUUUGCUGGAGGAGUAAAGCAAUUUGGUUCUUCACUGUAUUAUCACAGCGACACAACUUCUGCCUUGCCUUGCCUGGCCUCGAGAUUUGACAAAUGUGCUUUUUAUACUUUAUAUCUUUAAAAUCUGAGAUAAUUUAUUAAUGGUAUUCUUAAAACUAUUUCUUUUUGUAGAUGGAAAAUACAAAUGUUACCAGCAGCGGUACGGAAAAACGAGGUCUGUUUGUUUGGCGUGAACAUCACGAAAUGUGUUUACUACGGGAAGUGCUCACACAUGAGCCUUACAGAUUUCGUUUUGGCUCCAAGGAAAGAGGGUCAGCAUGGACAGCCAUAGCUUGUCGGUUGGAAGAUAUGGGGAUGAAAGUAAACCAAAGGUCAGUGCGAGAGAAAUUUACCAGAAUGAUGACAAGUUUUAAGAAAAAGGAGGCACAAGAAAAGAGAGCUAGUGGUGUGGUUGUUGACUUCACGGAGAAAGACCAGGCAUUGUUGGAUAUCAUGGAGAGAAUGGAGAAAUGUGAGGAAGAGAACGAACAAGAAAGGCAGAAGGAAAAUUAUGACAAAGAAACUGUAGCGGAGAUGAGGAAGCGAGCGGUCGAGAGGCUAGGAGAGACAAGAAAACGAACCAAUGUGGAAGGAGAAGAUGGGGGAACACCGGAAGGGAAACGGAAAAGAAGUGGAGAGUUGGUGGAAGUACUAAAGGAAUCUGUCAGGGCAACCAGAAACAGGGAAGAAGCUGAGAGGGAGUUUAAAGAACGAGAGAUGCAGCUGAGAGAACAACAAGCAGUCAACCAGCAGAAUUUCCAGCAAAGCAUUUUGGAACAGCAACAACAGUUCCAGGUACAGCAGCAAGCGAUGACCAUGGCCAUUGUGAAUGCAAUGUCGGAACUGGUAAAUAAACUGAGAUAA